AUGUGGCUCAUAGCAGCUGGCCUGGCUCUAGGUGCUGCCUACCUGUGUCGAGUGAAUUCUGCUAUGAAGGUAGUCGCUAAAGAGGCACACAAGCUAUCGCCCCAUCGUUGGACGGUCGAAGAAAUCAAUGCUACCUACAAGAAGAGCCUGGAAGCCCCCAUCGAUGUGACCAAGAGCCUGCCACCAAAGCAAUCCCGCCGAUAUGUGAUCGUUGGUGGAACCGGCCUAGUUGGGGCUUGGAUAGUAUCUCAUCUCCUGGCACGUGGCGAAGACCCCAAGGCCAUUCGUAUUCUGGAUCUAGCCUCCCCGGAGCAGAACAUCCUCAGCCAAGGUGUGGGUUGGAUCAAAACCAACGUCACCGACGAACUCGCAGUGACAGCUGCAUUCGCAGAGCCAUGGAAUGCAACAGUCACCAAGCUCCCCUUGACAGUCUACCACACAGCAGCCGUAAUCCGUCCUCAAGACCGUCUCAAGAGCUUCCUACCGCUCUGCAGCAAGGUCAAUGUCGAUGGCACACGGAACAUUCUCAACGCCUCCAAACUCGCCGGCGCCACAGUCUUCAUCUCAACAUCUUCCGGCUCCAUCGCCCUGCACCAGCCAAACUUCUGGAUCGCCCCGUGGGCAACCGAGCCCUCACGCGUAGUGCAGGUAAUCAGCGAUUCAACCAAACUGCCCGAAUCCCACGAACAAUUUUUCAGCAAUUACGCCGUCACCAAAACCGAAGCAGAACGGCUCGUCCGCGCAGCCGACGAUCUAACAUCUAACUUCCGCACCGGCUGCAUUCGACCCACGAACGGUAUCUACGGCACAGGCGGCGAAGCCAAUGCUGCUGUCACGGACAUUUACCUCCGCAACGGCGGUAACCCAACCUGGGCUCACCCGAUUAUGCAGAGCUUCGUGCACGCCGAAAACGUCUCCCUCGCCCAUCUCCUCUACGAACAACGUCUGAUCCAGCAGAGCGAGCCGGGUUCCCAGCUUCCAAACACCGGUGGACAGGCGUUUGUCGUCAGUGAUCCCAGCCCGGCUAUUGCGUUUAGUGAUAUGUAUCUGUUGCUUGAGACGCUGUCUAAGACGCCGACUUCUUUCCCGAAGCUACAGCCCGUGCCGUUCUUGGUUAUGGCGUACUUCGUAGAGGUUUACGCUUUCUUGCAGAUUAACUAUCUCUCGUGGCUGCCGAGGUUGCCCCAUGAUCUGGAGCAGAUUCAGCCGUCGCUAUUCUCUAUCUUGAAUGUUAAUGUGUUUGCGGAUGAUUCGCGGGCGAAGCUGGCGCCGGAACUAGGUGGGUUGGGUUAUAACCCGCCUAUUAACACUCUGGAGGGUAUGUGUCGACGACUUGUGGAUUGGAAUACAAAGGCUGAGGCGGAGGGGGUUCAUGUCAAAGGCAAGAAGGUGAUUUUGGGUCCUGUGAAGAUCUCGGAAGAUGGAAUUGGUGUUGAUGUUGUUAUGCCGAAGGUGUGA